GCGGACAAUAAGUUCGAUCGAUUCCCAAUUUGACACGAUUCAGAGCACCACCACAUCCACACAUAGUACAUACACUGUGUCUCUCUCCCUAACGAUGGCGAUCCGCGCCGGCAAAGUGUGAGGGGCUCUGUGUGAAUUGCUUUGCAGGGGAUGAACUCUGGUUCGGUUCGGGUCUUGUAAUAUAGAUCCAUAGCAUCUUCUGGUAUCCCGGUUCGGUUGGGGUCGACCCUAUUGGACGCCCCAUUAUCGGUCGAAGCCUUGCUUUCUUUCUUCUCCCUGCAGCAGCGCGGCGGAACUGAACUGUGAAGAAUAAAAUUAGGAUUUCAGCGGGGGGAGGAGGAGGUAGCAGUUCAUCAAUGGCUACGCAGUGGGGCAUCAAGUACGCAGUACACAUUGUCUCCUCCCACUUCGGCGAUCUCGCUGCUAAAAUUUGUGAGUGUCUUCUCCGUAGAGGGCCUCUGAGUCAGCAGAACAUCGCUCGGUUCUUGGAGACCCCUCCCUCACAAGUUAAGACCUGCUUGUUACUUCUGAUACAGCAGAACUUGGUUCAGGCUUUCACUGCCAAGGAUCCAGGUGGUCAUGGAGAUGCAGUGAAACAAACAACUGAGUAUAUAGCGUUGUUUGAUAACAUUAUCCACCGUACAAGAUUCCCAAAGUUCAUCAUUGUCGUGUCCCAGGAACUAGAGAAAGGGUGUGUGGAGUUGUUUGAAGGCUUGCUGCAGCAUGGUCGGCUAACGUUGGAGAAGUUGAUUGACAGGGCCAAAUCUGGCAAGCAUAUUCAAGAAAAUUCUAAUAUCGAGAAUGCUGUACGAGAAAACCUUUCCAAACUUGUGCAUGCCCAUUUCGUUGAACGCUGUCCGGCCAUUGAACCAGUUCUUGCUCCCCCGAGUGAGGACGAACUAGCUGCAAAGAAGCGAGCGUCAAGAUCUUUGAAGAUAGCCGCUGGACCAGACAUUGUGCAACGUGUUCUAGAAGCAGCAGCUCCGAUGGAGUCUAAGAGAUUUUUGUUCAUGAGCGAUGAGAACUGCAUAGAUUCGGAGAAGGCUGAGGCUUCUUUUGUAGAUGUUGGUGAAAAGCGAAAGCACAGUCUUCUGGCAUCGGACAGUGAUCUUGGAAUCAAAGAAGAGGUCCUUUGGCGUGCCAAUUAUGAGGAGUUCCUUCGCCGUUUUAGGCACAAGGCUUGUGUUGAGAAUGUGAGAGAAAGGCUGGAUGAUGGAGCUGCCAUUGCCUUAAGCUCAAUGUUGGAGGCGGGUAGGAGACUGGAGAGCAAAUUGAAAACCGAAACUUCUGUUUCAGUGUCAAUAAAUGCUAUUUAUGAAGAGGCGAUGAAAGCAGAAGUAGGUCGCUCCAUGACUUUGGAUGAUCUUAGAGAUUAUCUAACUCUUUUGGAAUGCCAGAAAGGAGCAGAUGAAUCGUAUUCUAUUGAUUUGAAGAGUAUUCUUGAACUUGCUCAAAAUGAAGAGGUCGAAUCAAUUGUGUUGAAAAAGUAUGGUAAGGAUUCUUACAGAAUAUUCAGGUUGCUAUCAAAAGAAGGUCACCUUGUUGAGACCGACAAGAUUUCAGACACUGCAUUUGUCGAUAAGAAGGAAGCGCCGAAGAUUCUAUACAAGCUCUGGAAGGAUGAAUAUGUUUACAUGCAGAAAGUAACUGUAAUGGGAAACAGGCAAUCGCAGUUUGUGCUGUGGAAAGUGAAUAAGGCCACACUCUGGAAAAACGUAGAGAACGAUAUGUACCAUGCUGCAUUAAAUUUGAGCCUGAGAGUGGCUCAUGAGAUGGAACAAGGAAAAGAGCUUUUAAGUCUCCCUGUUGAGAAAAGGGUGGGGACUUUAGGGGAAAAGGUGAAUCGGCUACGGAGAAUAAGAUUGGUCCUAGAGGAAUCCCUAAGCAAGCUUGAUGAUGCUAUCAUGCUUUUUCACGUCUUUUAAAUGAAAAAUCCACGUAACCACCAGAAACUGUGAAAUAUUAGCCUCAAUUAUGGGGAUUCAGGCCAUUUUAUGAAUCUCCAAUGCAACCAAAUGAACAGGGGACAGUUCUAAUAGCAACUUCAAGCAAAUGAUGAGACAUGCCAAUAGAGGAAAAAACCCUGAUCUCUUCAUAUAGAUGAACGAAGUUGGAAAUCUUAGACAGAGCUUCAUUUGUUUAUUUAUCUGUGUUGCUAACUAUUAUGGAGCUGAUUACCUAAAGCAAUGUUGGAAGUGCCGGGUUUAGAUUAUGUAUAAGCAGAACCAAUAGGCAUUGGGGGGAGCCGAUAUCAGCAAUAUUGUAGACAGGGAUAAUGGCAGCUAAGGCUAAUAGUAGACAUGAAUCAGUUAGCAUUUUUGUUUGAUAUACUUCUUGUUA